AUGGAUCAUGCUGAACCAUCAAUUGACCAAUACAUAGAACAACAGGGUGUAAUUGAGACAGAAUGCAUGAAGGAGAAUCCUAAUCCUGAAGCUCAAAAGUUCUUUGAUAUGCUUGCAACUGCUCAAACACCAUUGUGGGAAGGAUGCGAGCAUCAUUCAGAAUUGUCAGCUUCUUUGGCCUGUCUUAGCUUGAAAUCUGAUUAUAAUAUGUCAGAAGGGUGUUUUAAUCGUCCAUCAGAUCUAAGGCACAAGAUUGAUGUGUACUUGCAACCACUCAUAGAUGACUUAUGCACCUUAUGGAAUGAUGGCAUGCCAACUUUUGAUGUGUCAUUGAAGCAAAAUUUUUUUAUGAAGGCUGCUUUGAUGUGGACAAUCAAUGACUUCCCAGCUUAUGGGAUGUUGUCAAGUUGGACAACUGCUGGUAGACUUGGUUGUCCCAUAUGUAUGGAACGAUCAAAGGCAUUCACAAAUUUAAAUUUUCACAAGAUCUGUUAUUUUGAUUGUCAUCGCCAAUUUCUUCUGCUUAAUCAUGCAUAUAGGAGGAAUAAAAUGUCAUUCAAGAAGGGUCGCAUUGAGACCUCACCCCCUCCUCCACGUUUGUCUAGUCUUGAUGUUUGGAAUAAAGUUGCACAUUUAUCGCUCUGCCUUGAGUCGCAAGAAGAAAAAGAUUUUCUUGGUUAUGGUGUUGAACAUAAUUGGAAGAAACAAAUUAUAUUUUGGUUGUUACCAUAUUGGAAAACCCAGCUUCUGGGUCAUAACAUUGAUGUCAUGCACACAGAAAUAAAUGUGUUUAUGAAUGUCUUUAACAUUGUGAUGGACAUCAAUGGAAAAAGCAAGGAUACACACAAUGCUCGAAUGGAUUUAGCAGAAAUAUGUAAUUGGAAGGAGCUUGAGCUGGUAGAUGUUGGUCGUGACAAGUUCUUUAAACCAAAGGCAGCUUAUGCAAUGACCAAAUCCCAGAGACUCGUUGUUCUUAAAUGGGUCAAAGAACUAAAGUUACCAGAUGGCUAUGCCUCCAAUUUAGGUCGGUGUGUGGAUCUUAACAAGAGAAAAAUUCAUGGAAUGAAAAGUCAUGAUUGUCAUGUUUUCAUGCAACGGUUGCUUCCAAUUGCAUUUGACUCAUUACCAAAACCUAUUUGGAAGCCAUUUGUUGAACUUAGCCAAUUUUUCAGAGAACUAACUUCGACAACUUUAAAUGUUGAGCAACUAAGAAUUAUGGAAAAUAACAUACUUGUGUUGUUGUGUAAGUUAGAACAAAUAUUCCCACCAAGCUUCUUUGAUUCAAUGGAGCAUCUUCCAGUUCAUUUACCUUAUGAGGCAAGACUUGGUGGUCCAGUCCAAUAUCGUUGGAUGUAUCCUUUUGAGAUGUUUUUGCACUCCCUCAAAAAUAAAGUCAAGAAUAAAGCUAGAGUUGAGGGAUCGAUUUGUGAAGCGUACUUAGUGGAGGAGACAUCUACCUUUGCCUCGUUUUACUAUCCUGAUCUAAUUGCAACAAGAAGGACUAGGAUGCCUCAAAAUGUUGAUGCGGAUGAAGGUUCUUCAUCUUCUCCUCCUAUAUCAAUUUUCAAUUAUCCAGGAAGAGCGAGUGGUAAAUCCAAAACAUAUUUUUUGGACCAAGUUGAUGUUCAUGUUGCUCACUUUAUUUAUGAGAAUUUUUUAAGGGAGUUGAAUCCCACUACUUCGAAUGCUCAACUUAACCAAGACAUUUCCUCCAACUUUCCUGCAUGGUUCAAGCAAUAUGUUCUAAAUCCAGAAAAUAAUAUUCAAGAUUCAAUAUUGGUUAAUUUGGCAUGGGGACCUAAGAGAAAAGUUGAAUCAUGGCCUAUCUACAUUAUAAAUGGAUACAAAUUUGAAACAAUUAGUUGGAAUGAAGGCACGAAUUCUUCUAAUUAUGGUGUUUACGUAUGGGGAACUGAUGGCCAACUAGAAUCUGAUUUUUAUGGAAUGUUGUAUGAUAUUAUUCAAUUGGAGUAUACUGGCAUCCCAUUGAUGAAGUUAGUUCUAUUCAAGUGUGAUAGGUUUGAUAAUACUCCUUAUAUAGGGACACAAGUAGAUAAAAUGUAUGGCAUUGUUGAAGUAAGACAAUAA